AUGACCGAGGAACUAGAAUAUCGCAGUACCAUCACUCCCAGAAGCCCGUUCACGCGUGGGAUCCCACAUUAUGGCAGUGCCCAGACUUUGUCGCUGCCAAUGGGUAAGGUAACAUUGGUCCUUAUAUCAAGUGCCACCAUACUAUAAUAAAUUGAGUAUGCCUAAAGUAGUAUACACAUUUCUAGCCUUUUAUAUAUAAACAGUAAAUCGUUAAAGGUAAAUGAACCCGUAUCAUACUUUCAGCCUCAGGCAGUCGUAUGGUGCGCACAAUAGAAUCAUUUGCUUCGGGCUACGGAAGCGGUGUCUCAUCGUACGGCUCCGGUGCUUGGGCCGUUCGUGAUAACAAAGAAAAAGAGAAGAAACAACUAUGUGAACUGAAUGACAGACUAGCCAACUUUAUCGAGAAGGUCAGGUUCUUAGAAGCCCAGAAUCGCAAACUCACUGCUGAUUUGGACAAUCUGAAAGGCAGAUCGGGAAAAGGAACCGCCAAAGUUAAGAUGAUGUACGAAAAAGAUAUCGAGGUAAUCACAAAACUAUAAGAAACAGAAUUUUAAAGUCAUUCAAAAGUGACAGAAUUGUAAUUGAUACUUAUGUCGAGCAGAUUAUAAUGUAAUCUCCAUUCCCAUAUAAUCUCUAACAAUUGCAGAAGGCUUCAAGUGACAUCGAGGACAUCUCGCAGGAAAAGAAGGAUGCCGAGAAAGAGUUGACCCGAUUCCAAGCCGACCUAAAAGAACUUCAACAGAAGUUCGAAACCGCCGUGAAGCAGAGAAAAGAAGACCGUGAGAAGAUCGACGAGUUUCUGGUACAACUUUCAUCGUUGGAAAGCGAAAUCAGCCUCCUAAAGCGACGAAUUGAACUACUGGAAUCUGAAGUUGAGCGACUCAGAAAAGAGAAACAACGCCUCCAAGCAGAAGAAUAUCGUACACGCCAAGACAUCGCCCACGAAAACCUACGUCAAACCAAAGACAGAAACGAAAUUCAGACGUAUUUGGAAGAAAUAGAAUUCCUACUGAAGAAUCACGAAGGCCUGAUCAAGGACCUGCAGUCUCAAGCUGCUCGUGACACAACUGGAGAGAAUAGGGAAUUCUUCAAGAACGAGCUGGCCAGCGCCAUCAGAGAGAUUCGGGAUGAGUACGAUGCCUUGAACACAACCAACCGCAACGAUGUGGAAUCCUGGUACAGAGUCAAGGUCCAGGAAAUCGAGACGAGUGCUGCUAAGGAGAACAUCGAGCAAGAGUACCAGAAAGACGAGCAGAAGCGUCUCAAGAAGCGACUCACAGACAUCAGGGGCAGAAUCGCCGACCUGGAGGGAAAGAACGCCGUCUACGAACAACAGAUCGUAGCCCUCACGUAUCAGGCUGACGAUGAACGACGAAUGUACGAAGACCAUCUGAAUAUGAAGGACGACGAGAUCAGGAAGGCCAAGGAAGAGCGCGAUGCCAACAUGAUGGAGCUUCAGAUUCUCCUAGAUACCAGACAGGGCCUUGACGGGGAAAUCGCGAUCUUCAAAAAGAUGCUGGAGGGCGACGGUGUCGAGCCCUUCAGGCAAUUGGUAGAGCAAGUUAUCAAAACCACCGGGAUCAAUGAAGUGGCGGAUACAGAAACCAUGAGGGUGGUCAAGGGUGAGACUUCUGUUCACCACGGAUUCUCAAAGUCUGCCAAAGGCAAUGUGUCAAUCCAGGAGACAGCUUCAGAUGGAAAGUACAUCGUGCUGGAGAACACUCACAGAUCCAAGGAAGAGAAGAUUGGAGAGUGGAAGUUGAAGAGGAAGAUCGACGGGAAACGGGAGAUCGUCUACACCUUCCCUUCUGAAUUCGUGCUUAGGCCUGGAGCUACGGUCAAGGUAACUAUUAAAUUUAACAGAGAAUUAAUGUGUAGCACAUAAUAUUAUUUUAUUUUUUGAUAUUGAAAAAACUAUAAUAUUAUCUUAGAUCUGGGCCAGAAGCCAAGGCGGCAUCCACGACCCUCCAGAACAGUUAGUCUUCGAAGGAGAAGAAACUUUCGGUGUUGGAAACAAAAUUCACACAAUUCUAUACAACACGCAGGGCGAGGUAAAAUACGAAUAUAACGUAGGAAUAGAAACUUAAAACUAGAAUAUCAGUUUAUUAACAAAACACAGCAUGAAUUACAUUAUUUUAUGAUUAAAUCUAUUACAACCUAUAUUAUUGUAGGAACGAGCAUCCCUGACACAAAAGCAAAGCCAACAAAGUCAUCACUGA